AAGCUUCUGCAUUUCUUUGUUGAUGAUUUCGAGUCGAGUCGAGUCAUCGAGACAGCGGUGCUUCUUGUUUCAUUGUUUUGUCAACCUCUUAUUGUUCUUUUUAAAGUCAAUCAAUCAAUCAAUCCAAUCCAAACCAAACCAUGGGCAGACCUGUUACAGUCGAUGACAAUGAGAUGGGCAUGGAGAAAGCACUGGCUCGUUUGCGGCAGAGUUUUCGAGAAAAGUCUUCGGUAGAUAUGAGCUUUUCCUGUGGAGCUCGAAUGGGAGAUGCCAGUCUGAGGGCCUUUGUGGAUGCCUUGCGAGUGACGCUGCUGGAGAUUAGGAGUGUUUCCUUUGACUCUUCUGCCAUUGACGAGAAUAGUGCGAGUCCAGAAACUGUGGAAUUAUUCUUGAGAGAAUUAGGGAGCAUUCCCUCCUUGGCCAAGUUAUCCUGGCAGCGGACACGUCCUCAAACCAGACAACAAUGCAUCCAGCGUAUGACCAUGGUCUUGUCCAGAGCACGGCGGUUGGAACGAUUGCACUGUUACUCGUGUUCAGCCUUUCAAGGAACUGUGCAAGACUAUCACAAUUUUGCCAGUGUUUUGGAAAGCCAUCCAAAGUUGCACGCCAUUCAGUUUCUGCCAGCCAUUUUUCCAAGAGGACUUCAACCAGGGACCGCUAAUCUCUUGCCAGCAGAAGAAAUCAUAUCCGUCAAAAUUUCACCUGUACUAGAGGCCAUUGCGACAAUACCCAAUCUGGCAGUAUUCCAUGGGGACUGCUGGUUACCGCCACCACCACCACCACAUCUGGUCGAAGAGGCAGAAGACGACGAGGAAGACGAGGAUGAAGACGACAUGGACGACGUCGAUGACACGUUCCAACCGGCAAUACAAGCUAUGAAAUCCAUCAGUGGACAUUCACGGCUGCAGCAAAUAACAAUCUACGGACCAAGUCUCGUGGCGGCGGCUCCCGAGUUACACACUAACGCCACCCUGAGGUUCCUAAAGGUCAAAUUGGGUAUGAUCAAACGACGAACCAGAAGCAACAACACUUUUGAGGGACAAGUAUUGGCUGACGUUGUGCGGAGUGCUCCAUCUCUAGCUACUCUGGUCUUGACAGUCGGGCACGAAGCAUUGCGAUGCCGCAUUGAUGGACAAAUCCUACACGUCAUCCAGGCACUGCAAGAGAACACCACCAUUACAAAAUUGGACCUCCCGUAUCAUCCCAAGAACCAUGACAUUCAAGAAGCUAUGAUUGACAUGCUCCAGGAAAACAAUAUGACUCUGACGGAAAUCAAUGUAUUAUUAUCCAGCGACAACGACAAUGCUGCUGAAGACGAAACAUUUCUGCAAAAGCAAGAGUUUUUCCUGAGACUAAACAGACUGGGUCGCAAGAGGCUACUGCAGCUAUCUCCUGCCGACCGCCGUCCUUGGAUCGAAACGUUGGCCACCGUGUCCAAUGAUGUGUCAUCCUUGUUCUACUUUUUGUCCAAGAAUCCAACCCUUUGUAGUCACGUUGCGACGGAAUGAUGAUUACAUUACCACUCCGACAAAGCCAUUGUGCCUGCUUGUUUGGAGCACCAAACGAACAGAGAAAACGCUAUUGUUCUAGACUAGACGAAUGGAGCCAAACGCGCGAAUUGCUUACUUUUGCCAAGGACUCGCUAUAUAUCGGUAGAGGCAGAUUGCACAUCGAGGAGAUGGCUAACUAUACCACAACAUCAUUAUUUUGCCUUCACUAUGCAAAACGAAACAAUAUACUGAGCCAUCCAACCAAACGAUUCGAUUCGAUUCCGACUAUCAGUUCCCAGGAAGUUUCCAUUACGCAGAUGGAUGUGUGGAAUCUGUUCUGGACAAAUUCAUGGCGCUGCGGUCAAAGCUCGAGUUUCGGCGUUCCGCUCUCGUGCUUUCACGGAUCCUUCAAAACGCUUCCUCCCUCCGUUACCACCCACAGUCAGCUCGUGGGUUGCCGCCUCUGCAGAACCUUCGCCGUAGUCUUGGGGCGACAAACAAACAACACCAAGCCUGGGCACUAAUACAAUCUACUUAAACGGACAUGAUUUGCUUCGAAAAAGAGUGAACUAGUACAGUCUUACAAUUCAUUGGAGCCCGACAUUGUAUGAAUUUCGUUGUUUUUGUAUACAGACUGGGA